UGUGCGUCAGUAAGUCAAACAUGUUCCAAUAACGGACUAUAUUAUCUGCUGCUAUUUGCAGUUUGCUGUAGCAAGGCGCCAGACUGAGCUUGAGCAGAAACCUGCAGCGCUUUUCUUAUUUCUCUUCUGUGAUAGAAACGGUCUCAAAAGGGAUGGCAUCUGCAAGGCUGACAGAAAAGAGGAAUCUAACCCUUAUCCCUGUCACUAUGAGCACCAUGCCAAAGACAAAACAUUCAUCUGAACCUCAGCUCUAAGAGGACAGAGGAUGGCAGGAGGUGUGAGAAGGAACGCGGGGAUGGGAAAUAGAUUAGGGCUAUAUGUGAGGCUGUUGGCAGUGUGUGUGUUACUGGGAACUGAUCUGAGCUGGCUGGGCCUGAAAGACCAGGUUGGGGUCAAUGCCCAGAACACUGAGAGAAGGGUAUUAGCACAUAUCCCUGGUGACAUCAUCAUAGGAGCUCUGUUCUCUGUCCACCACCAACCACCUGCAGACAAGGUCCAUGAGCGAAAGUGUGGUGCGGUGCGUGAGCAGUACGGGAUCCAGAGAGUGGAGGCCAUGAUGCACACUCUGGAUCGAAUUAACGCAGACCCCGCAAUCCUCCCGAAUAUCACUCUGGGCUGCGAGAUCAGGGACUCAUGCUGGCACUCUGCGGUGGCGCUGGAGCAGAGUAUUGAGUUCAUUCGGGACACGCUAGUGUCCAAUGAAGAGGAGGAGAGCCUGGGCAGGUGUCCUGCAGAGGCAGGAAGCUUGCUGGUGCAGGGGAAGAAGCCCAUCGUGGGACUGAUUGGACCAGGAUCCAGCUCUGUGGCCAUCCAGGUGCAAAAUCUCCUCCAGCUCUUCAACAUCCCACAGAUAGCGUACUCCGCCACUAGCAUGGAUCUCAGUGACAAGAGCCUGUAUAAAUAUUUCAUGAGGGUGGUGCCAUCAGAUAUGCAACAGGCCAGAGCCAUGGUGGACAUUGUCAAGAGAUACAGCUGGAGCUACGUGUCGGCAAUACACACAGAGGGUAAUUAUGGGGAGAGUGGUAUGGAGGCAUUUAAAGACAUGGCAGCAAAGGAGGGGAUCUGCAUCGCCCACUCUGAUAAGAUAUACAGCAACGCAGGAGAACAGAGCUUCGAUAAGCUGUUGCAGAAGCUACGAGGCCACCUGCCCAAAGCCAGGGUGGUGGCCUGCUUCUGCGAGGGCAUGACGGUCCGAGGCAUACUGAUGGCCAUGAGACGACAACGCCUAGUGGGAGAGUUUCUGCUGGUUGGAAGUGAUGGCUGGGCGGACAGGUACGAUGUGACCGAUGGCUACCAGAAGGAGGCGGCGGGUGGUAUCACUAUAAAGUUAAAGUCUGCGUAUGUGACCUGGUUCGACAACUAUUACCUGAACCUGAAGCCUGAUGCCAACCUGAGGAACCCCUGGUUCCCCGAGUUCUGGCAGCAUCGCUUCCAGUGCAGGCUGAGGGGACAUCCGCAGGAAAGCAGCAUGUACAACCGCACCUGCACCUGGAGAGAGUCUCUGCGCCAUCAGUAUGCCCAAGACACCAAGAUGGGCUUUGUCAUAAAUGCCAUCUAUUCCAUGGCUUACGGCCUGCACGCCAUGCAGGAAACCCUCUGUCCGGGAUAUAAAGGUCUCUGUGAGACCAUGCGGCCCAUUGAUGGCCGCAAGCUGCUGGAAUUCCUGAUGAAAACCAACUUUACUGGUGUAUCUGGGGAGACCAUCCUCUUUGACCAGAAUGGAGACUCACCUGGCAGGUAUGAAAUCAUGAACUUCAAGCGCAUAGGCGAGGAUCAGUACGCUUACAUCCAUGUGGGAAGCUGGGAUCAGGGCGGCCUAAAGAUGAACGAUGAAGAAAUCUGGAGUAACAACAGUGACCAGUCAGUGAUCCAGUCAGUCUGCUCUGAGCCCUGCCAGAAGGCACAGAUCAAGGUGAUCCGUAAAGGAGAGGUGAGCUGCUGUUGGACUUGCACUCCCUGCAAGGACAAUGAGUUUGUGUUUGAUGAGUACACUUGUCGAGCCUGUGUCCUUGGCUCCUGGCCCACAGAUGACCUCACUGGUUGUGAGCCAAUCCCGGUGCAGUAUGUGCGCUGGGGGGAUCCAGAGCCCAUUGCUGCAGUGGUCUUCGCCUGUCUGGGCCUCAUGGCUACACUUUUUGUUACUUCUGUCUUUAUCAAAUUUUGGGACACUCCUGUGGUCAAGUCAUCCAGUCGUGAGCUCUGCUACAUCAUCCUGGCUGGAAUAUGUCUGGGCUACCUGUGCACCUUCAGCCUUAUCGCCAAGCCCCAUAUAAUCUACUGCUACCUCCAGCGGCUGGGAAUUGGCCUGUCCCCUGCCAUGAGCUACUCUGCCCUGGUCACCAAGACCAACCGUAUUGCACGGAUUCUGGCAGGCAGCAAGAAGAAGAUCUGCACCAAGAAACCGCGCUUUAUGUCCGCCUGCGCACAAUUGGUCAUCGCCUUCCUACUCAUACUGCUGCAGCUGGGGAUUAUUGUGGCACUUCUUAUCAUAGAGCCACCACAGGUGAUCUAUGACUACCCCAGUAUCCGUGAGGUGCACUUGAUCUGCAAUCUGACCACUCUGGGGGUGGUGGCGCCUCUGGGCUACAAUGGCCUGCUUAUCCUUAGCUGCACCUUCUACGCCUUUAAGACUCGUAAUGUUCCGGCAAAUUUUAAUGAGGCCAAGUAUAUUGCCUUUACCAUGUACACCACCUGUAUCAUCUGGCUGGCCUUUGUUCCUAUUUACUUUGGCUCCAACUACAAAAUCAUAACCAUGUGCUUUAGUGUCAGCCUCAGUGCCACAGUGGCUCUCUGCUGCAUGUUUGUCCCAAAGGUGUACAUCAUGCUCGCCAAGCCUGAGAAAAAUGUCCGGAGUGCUUUCACAACCUCUACAGUGGUGCGCAUGCAUGUAGGUGAUGCAAAGAAAGCUGCUAAGUCCAAAUCCUCUAGCAGCAUGGCCAACUUCUUUAGACGCCGUGGGUCUGCACAGGACAACAUCAGUUCCAAUGGGAAAUCGGUGACAUGGGCGCAGAAUGAGCGCAGCUACAGACCAAACCUAUGGAAGAGGAUGUCAUUCCACGUCAAGAAAAAGGAAGCAGUCGAGGUGAACCAGACAGCCAUCAUCAAGCCCUUCUCUAAAGGCGGAGAUACACCUGCGGACACUAGUGUCAAAGAGCAGUACGAAGAGCCACAGGUGUCUCAGCCCUUCACCUGCUCCCCUGCUCAGUCACCUCUGCCCACCAUCAGCCAGCAUGCAGCGAAGGCAAGGGGCUUCCAGGGAGGAGAGGAUGGCGAGGAGCCACAAGCUUUACCCACGUAUGUACCUGAGCACCCUGCUGGGGUCAGAAGAAGAGGUGGGGACAACAGCCAGGGUGUUAGUAUGGUAGAUGGUGGAGACAUUAGCAUCAUAGGUGUGGGUGACAUUGGCAUAGGAAUGAUUGGCGGACAACCUCAGGGCACCACUAUCAUGGACCAAAUCAGCUGUGUGGUUAACCGUUUCACUGCCAACAUCAGUGAGCUGAACACCAUGAUGCUGCCAGGGGGAGCCACCGUCAGCCCCACCUCCACCACUGCUCUGCCCGCAGCUACAGAUGCCGCCCCCUGCCCACCUCAGUAUCUCGCAACCAGGAGCAGACAGGCCCCCUCCACUGUCACCACAUAUGCUGAGGUCGCGGCCGUCUCCAAUUUCUGCGAGAAUCGACCAGCAGGUAAGAUUUAUGAGCACCUGGCCGGGACUUGCGUGAGUGGCAGGCGAGCCAAGGAUGUGGAGGAGCUGGUGGCUCUGACGCCUCCCUCCCCGUUUAGAGACUCAUCUCUGAGCUCCGACGGCAGCUCACCCCCCUCGCUGUCCCCAGCUUCUGAGGCUGAAUAUGACCAACUGCUGCUGAAACACUACAGCCACAGCUCCUCCUCUCUCUAAACCUGCUCUCUCUACACCUUUGUCUCCUUGUUUAUCAUCUAUUUGGGAGUAUUUUAAACUCCAAAAGACAAAGCUUCAGACUGGACCAAAUUCUUGGAUGCCUUUCUACAUGUGGAUACUCUGAAUGUUUAAGCAGUUUUUGAAAUAUAUUUUCCUUUUCAGAUUGGAUUUAAUGCACCCACACAUUCCUCCAUUGAGAGGUCUGAGUACCAGUGGCAAGAUUGCAAAUACUAAAUGCUGAAAUUAAGCUAAGCAAUGUCAGUGCUUCAUCUUUGGUCACCAAGUGAGUUAAAAACGUGACAAACUGAAACGCACAUACGGGCAUUUUACAGACUUUUAAAUGACACAGGUACUGACGCAGGUUUCUAGCUCAGUUUUAAACUUUUCAAGUUCCAAAGAAAAUAAGUUAAGAGAGAUAAGAUAAGUUGAGAAAACAAAUGUAAAAUCGCCAGUUACGUUUUUAUUUAAUUAUAAAAUGGUUAUCAAUCAUAAGUGGGGGAAAUUUACCAAAUAUCUAUGUUCAGUGUUUCUUUGGAUUAUGCCAAAAUGGCUCAUAUAUUGAAUCAAAAUGGGAUUUGAUUUUUUUAGGUAAGGUAUUAAAACACUAAAGAUAGUAUUUCAGUUGUUUUUUUUAUUUUUUAUUAUAUUUUGCAUCAUCUAUUAUCUCAAAAACACAGAAAGCGGGAUUAGUUUGUAUUGCUAAUAUAAUUGCUGUUGACUUUCUGUACACGUGAUGUUUUUGUCACUGACAAAUUGCCCUAGUCUUAUAUUGUGAGAACCGCGUGGAUGCAAAUCGUAUUAGCAUGAAGACAUCUGUCCAGAAGAAAAAAGCUCAAAUAACUUUGCCUGAAAUCAAAAGGUCAAACGUGACACAUUUUUUCUGCCAUCUAAUUUAUCGGCAAUCCUGGAAGACAUAAGCGAGCAUUUUGUAUCUUAAAGGAGAAAGUGAACAGAUGCUGCACUGUGCAAAUCAGGAGGCAGGUUUUUCUGUGAAGAGAGUUCUCAAUGACCUUCCCUUUUCUUGGAAAGGAAACAUUUACUGAGAAUGAAACAUCAUGGACUCAACAUCAUCAGGUGUCUAACCCACAAAGAGCUUAUGGACUACUUGGAUGUCUUAAAUAAUUUUCUCUAGAUGUGACUUAGUUGAAUGUACGAUAAGUUAUCAGUUUGAACUGGACCAAAAUGAUCUUCCACCUCAGGAUGUGUCUCAACCAAAAUACUUUCUGACUUCAACUCCUACCUGCUGAAUCAGCGCCGUCAUCUGUUCAAAAUGCUCAAAAUGUUUCCAGUUUGCAUGAUGUCAAGAUUUGUUUAAGUUAUAUUUGUAAUGAAUUACUUUUUAAUAUCGUACAUGUCAAACCAAUUAAGAUUAAUAGAUACAGUAGCAAAGUAAUGAUACUAUUAGUGAUGUUGAUGUAUUUUUAAAAUUAAUUUUAGGAGAGAAACAAACUGAAAGUGUGCUCGAUUUUUCAGACAUCUAUUGCAAAACAGCUUGUUUCCAGCCUGGCUUUUUACCUACAUAUGUGCCAAUGUCUCCUUGCAGUAAAUUGGAUUGUGUUUCUAUAAAUGGGCUCACAUUGAGAAUUCUUCUGCGAGCCCAUUUAGAUUCUAAUCGGUCAAGCAUUUCAGGCAUUAUAAGGAGGACAUUAUUUUUUUAGAAUAUUUUAUGACUAUUUUGACUAUGUUAUUUCUUAUGCUUGAACAUAUUUAUUCAAAUGAAGUCUUUUUUAAAAAUUCUUUUUAUUUUUUUGUAUCUGCAUUUUGGCCUCUCUGAGGAUGUACAUUAAUGAUAGUAUGGAUUCAUUGGCUAGCAGAUGUAACUGAUGAUGUUCAUGUGGGAGUUAGCUUGUGUUUGUUUAUCAGAUGGGUUUUUUGACUCUGGCUUCAGUCCUUAUUUUUUCUGUAUGUUUACACUGGCAGAAAUGUUCAUGUUCAUGUUUUUUGAAAUGUGCAGUAUUUUCUACUGGUUUUCAAUGUAAAAGUCAUCAUAGACAAUUGCCAUAUUUGCAUGCAGAUUUGUGCCAACUGAAAUUUUGCAGGUGCAUACUACUCUUUAUACCAACAAUUCACAGUUAUAAUCUACAGAAGACAUAUGUCUUGAUCUUAUCUCUUUGUCUGCCUUUCAGAUAUAGCCAGAAUUGACUAUUUAGACUUGUGCUGCAUUAAAGGUUUCCAUCCAAAA